AUGUACCCCAGAAUCCCUCUGCCCCCAAUGCUGCCGCCACUGCUGCUGCUGCUGCUGGCCCCAGUCCCCGGAGUGCAGUGCUGCCCGACAGGCUGCCAGUGCAACCAGCCGCAGACGGUCUUCUGUGCCGCCCGCCAGGGAACCACAGUGCCCCGGGACGUGCCCCCUGACACGGCAAGCCUUUACGUCUUCGAGAACGGCAUCACCACACUCGAUGCAGGCAGCUUUGCCAGCCUGCCAGGGCUGCAGCUCCUAGACCUGUCACAGAACCAGCUCGCCAGCCUGCCCGGCGGGGUCUUCCAACCACUCGCCAACCUCAGCAACCUGGACCUGACUGCCAACAGGCUGCGCGAGAUCACCAACGAGACCUUCCGCGGCCUGCGGCGCCUAGAGCGCCUCUACCUGGGCAAGAACCGCAUCCGCCACAUCCAGCCCGGAGCCUUUGACACACUAGACAGCCUCCUGGAGCUCAAGCUGCAGGACAACGAGCUGCGGGCCCUGCCCCCGUUGCACCUGCCGCGCCUGCUGCUGCUCGACCUCAGUCACAACAGCCUCCCGGCCCUGGAGCCUGGCACCUUGGACACUGCCAACGUGGAGGCACUGAGGCUGGCCGGCCUGGGACUGCGGCGGCUGGACGAGGGGCUCUUUGGCCGCUUACGCAACCUCCACGACCUGGAUGUGUCCGACAACCAGCUGGAGCGAGUCCCGCCGGCCAUCCGGGGCCUCCGGGGGCUGACGCGCCUGCGGCUGGCCGGUAACACCCGCAUUGCCCAGCUGCGGCCCGAGAGCCUGGCCGGCCUGGUGGCCCUGCAAGAGCUGGACCUGAGCAACCUGAGCCUGCAGGCGCUCCCACACGAGCUCUCUACCCUCUUCCCCCGCCUGCGGCUCCUGGCGGCCGCCCGCAACCCCUUCAACUGCGUGUGUCCCCUGAGCUGGUUUGGCCCUUGGGUGCGGGAGAGCCGCGUGGCACUGGCCAGCCCGGAGGAGACACGCUGCCACUUCCCACCCAAGAACGCUGGCCGGCUGCUCCUAGACCUUGAAUAUGCUGACUUUGGCUGCCCAGCCACCACCACCACGGCCACGGCACCCACCACAAAGCCCAUGGCUUGGGGGCCAACUCUCUCACCUUCCAGUCCAGCUCCCACCUGGCUCAGCCCCACGCAGCCUGCCACGGAGGCCCCCAGCCUGCCGCCUGCCGCCCCACCCACUCUGGGAGCUCCCCCGAGGCCCCAGGACUGCCCAGCGUCCAUCUGCCUCAACGGGGGCACCUGUCACCUGGGAGUGCACGGCCACCUGGAGUGCCUGUGCCCUGAGCUCUUCACGGGCCUCUACUGUGAGAGCCGGGUGAGGCAGGGGCCCCAGCCCAGCCCUGCCCCGGCCACACCGGAGCCGCCACAGCCCCUUCCCCUUGGCAUCGAGCCAGCGAGCCCCACCUCCCUGCGCGUGGGGCUGCAGCGCUACCUGCAGGGCAGCACCGCGCAGCUCAGGAGCCUCCGCCUCACUUACCGUAACCUGUCAGGCCCCGACAAGCGGCCGGUGACGCUGCGGCUGCCUGCUUCGCUUGCUGAGUACACAGUCACCCAGCUGCGGCCCAACGCCACCUACUCCAUCUGCGUCAGGCUUCUGGGGGCCGGGCGGGUGCCCGAGGGCGAAGAGGCCUGUGGGGAGGCCCGCACACCCCCAGCCGUCCGCUCCAACCAUGCCCCUGUCACCCAGGCCCGGGAGGGCAACCUGCCGCUCCUCAUUGCUCCCGCCCUGGCUGCAGUGCUCCUGGCCGCACUGGCUGCCGUGGGGGCAGCCUACUGUGUGCGGCGGGGACGGACGGCAGCGGCUGCCACUCACGGCAAAGGACAGGUGGGGCCAGGGACUGGGCCCCUGGAGCUGGAGGGGGUGAAGGCCCCCUUGGAGCCAGGCCCCAAGGCGACUGAGGGCGGUGGGGAAGCUCCACCCAGUGGGCCAGAGUGUGAGGUGCCGCUCAUGGGCUACCCGGGGGCCAGCCCCCAGGGGCCCCUCCCCACUAAGCCCUACAUCUAA